AUGGCCAACAGUGUAGCCUCUGUGCUUGUGUUCAUUGUGUUUUGUGGAUCAGCAGUUGGUACCCGAACAAAAUUGUUCACUUCCAAUGUUCCGGACAGUGUCUCAGCAGCACCAGAUGAUGGCAUUUGUAAAAUGAUGGCAGAGCCACAAAACUACACUUGCCAGGAACACACAGUGACAACCCAAGAUGGCUAUGUCCUCAGCAUGCAAAGGAUUCCGGUGGGUGGCUCAGGUGGAGCAGCAGGCAACCAGACACCAGUCCUGUUAGUACAUGGUCUCCUGGUGGAUGCGGCAACAUGGCUUCUGGGUUCUCCGGACCAGUCUCUGGGAUUUAUCUUGGCAGAUAACGGGUUUGAUGUGUGGCUUGCCAGCCUUCGUGGAACUAAAUAUAGCCUCAGGCAUACUACUCUCACCCCGGAGGACCCUCCUUAUUGGGAUUGGUCAUGGGAUGAAUUGGUAGCCUAUGAUCUUCCAGCUGCAUUCCAGUAUGUGCACAAUGAAACAGGACAGAAGCUUCACUACAUUGGUCAUUCACAGGGAACCCUGACUGCUUUGGCUUCGUUCUCAAAAGGGGAGUUGAUUGACAUGGUAAGAUCAGCUGCUGUACUCAGCCCAGUUGCUUAUCUUGCUCAAAUGACCUCUCCCAUUGCAAGAAAUGCUGCUGACAAUUUUACUGCUGAUACUUCAUAUUGGCUGGGGAUCCAUGAAUUUGAUCCUUUUGGGCCUGCUGCAAUCCAACUUCUUGCAUCUAUAUGCCAGAAACCGGAUGUCGACUGCAGCAACUUUCUGUCAGCUUUCACAGGUCCUAACUGCUGCCUCACCCCUUCUGUACUAGCUGCUUUCCUAGAGAACGAGCCACAGCAUACAUCGACAAAGAACAUGAUCCACCUUGCUCAGAUGAUCAAAGAAGGAACCAUUGCCAUGUAUGAUUACAAAGAUGAGGAGGAGAACAGGAACCACUAUGGGCAGUCUGCUCCUCCAGUAUACAACAUGACAAGCAUCCCAACUGACCUUCCUCUCUUCCUCAGCUAUGGAGGCCAGGAUGCUCUUUCUGAUGGCGAAGAUGUUCAGCUGCUGCUUGACAGCCUCAAAGAUCACGAGGAAGACAAGCUUGUCGUGCAUUUUGUAGAAGAUUAUGCUCAUGCAGAUUUUGUUAUGGGGUCAAAUGCUAAGCAAGCUGUGUAUGAUCCUCUCAUGGCCUUUUUCCAGGCUCACUGACAACAUGAACUGG